AUGCCGAAGGCAGUCACUUCCUGCCUUGGAUGGCUCAACUGGGACGACCCGGUCACUUCCUGCCUUGGAUGGCUCAGCUGGGACGACCCGGAUUUCCAGGGGAGGCUGGCCAACUCCAAUUCACGGUGCCAGGGCCAGCUGGAGGUUCACUUGAGGGGCCUGUGGCGCACCGUGUGCAGGUGGAGCUGGGGCUGGAGCCCAGACGGCCGGGAGGAUGCCAGUCAGGCCUCAAAAGUCUGCCAGCGGCUGCACUGCGGGGAGGCCUUGGUCCUUGCCCACUUCCCCCUCUUCAGCAGACCCCAGAACCAGAUCAUCUGCCACGGACACCCGGGGUCAUUCUCCAACUGCAGCAGCAGCAGCAGCAGGGCACGCCAAUGCCCCCCACUGGGCCUGGUCUGCUUAGAGCCCCAGAUGACAACACCUCCACCCACAAGCCCCCCGCCUACAACCACUCCAGAGCCCACAGCUCCUCCCAGGCUGCAGCUGGUGGCAGUGCCCCGGGGCCUGCGGUGUGCUGGCAUGGUGGAAUUCUACAGCGGCAGCCUUGGUGGCACCAUCAGCUAUGAGGCCCAGGACAGGACCCAGGGCCUGGGGGACCUCAUCUGUGCAGCCCUCCAGUGCGGCUCUUUCUUGAAGCAUCUGCCAGAGGCCGAGGCAGCCACGGCACAAGACCCAGGGGAGCUCUGGAACCGCAGGCUCUUGCCAAUUCGAUGGAAGGUCCAGAACGCAAGCUGUGCCUCCCUGGAGCAGUGCUUCAGGAAAACCCAGCCCCAGGAGGGUGGCCAAGCUCUCGCCCUCGUCUGCUCAGAUUUCCAGCCCAAGGUGCAGAGCCGCCUGGUGGGGGGCAGCAGCGUGUGCGAAGGCACCGUGGAGGUGCGCCAGGGCAUGCAGUGGGCAGCCCUGUGCGACAGCUCUUCAGCCAAGGGCAUGACGCGGUGGGAGGAGGUAUGCCGGGAGCAGCAGUGCGGCGGUGUCAACUCCUACCACGUGCUGGACGCCGGUGAGAAGACCUCCCGGGGGCUCUUCUGUCCCCAGGAGAAGCUGUCCCAGUGCCACGAGCUUCGGGAGAAAAAAGCCCACUGCAAGAGGGUGUUUGUCACAUGCCAGGAUCCCAACCCAGCAGGCCCAGCAGCAGGCACUGUGGCAAGCAUCAUCCUGGCCCUGCUGCUCCUGGCAGUGCUGCUCGUUGUGUGUGGCCCCCUCGCCUACAAGAAGCUGGUGAAGAAAUUCCGCCAGAAGAAGCAGCGCCAGUGGAUUGGCCCAACGGGAAUGAAUCAAAACAUGUCUUUCCAUCGUAACCACACGGCGACUGUCCGGUCCCAGGUUGAGAACCCCCCAGUCUCCCACGUGGAUAACGAAUACAGCCAGCCUCCCAGGAACUCCCACGUGUCAGCUUAUCCAGCUCUGGAAGGGGCCCUGCAUCGCUCCUCCACCCAGCCUGACAACUCCUCUGACAGUGACUACGACCUGCACGGGGCUCAGAGGCUGUCUUUCCAUCGUAACCACACGGCGACUGUCCGGUCCCAGGUUGAGAACCCCCCAGUCUCCCAUGUGGAUAACGAAUACAGCCAGCCUCCCAGGAACUCCCACGUGUCAGCUUAUCCAGCUCUAGAAGGGGCCCUGCAUCGCUCCUCCACCCAGCCUGACAACUCCUCUGACAGUGACUACGACCUGCACGGGGCUCAGAGGCUAUAA